AUGAGCAAACACGUCUAUCCGCUUGUUGCGGUGAGACAUAGACUCGGCAUGUCGAUCAAAUCCGCCAAGGCCUCAGUCUCAUCGGGGACUUUGUCACGGGUAUUCUGGCAUCUCCUUCGAAUAUGUCUUUUAUUCUCGUUGUUGUUUAUCGAUAACACCGUUCUCGUGGUUGCGGGAUUCUCGUCCUAUUUCCGACCCACAGCCAAUCGACGCAGAGCGACACAGCGGAAUGUGCCGUUUUACCCGAAAACAAUCCUUAUCACGGGCAUAGGUACAGCGGAAGGCCUAACUCUAGCAAGAUCGUGGGCUGUACAAGGCCACUACGUGAUUGGGGCCGAUGUUACAGACUUAGACCUGCCUGUGCGCUCUGGCGGGAGCAUGUCCAAGGCUCUGGUGGCAUUCUACCGGAUCCCUAAAGACCAUUACAUCUCCCGGUUACUCGACGUCAUCCACCGUGAAAAGGUCGACUUGUGGAUUCCAUGCUCGCCCAAGGCAUCUUCUAUUGAAGAUGCGACAGCCCGACAAGUCAUUGAGAGUCGCACCAACUGCAAAUGCGUCACCUUUGAGGCCGAGUUGGCGGCUUGCUUCGCUCAUCCUGAUUCCUUCAGGCAGUAUGUGACCGAGAGAGGCCUCCCUGUGCUUGAGUACCACAGGGUCCAAUCGCGCGACUCUGUGCACAAGAUCUUGAACCGGUCGCCCGCCAAAACCUACCAGAUCUCCCGAGCGACCCCAUCUGCGAAUGAGAAGGCUAUGCUCUUGCCUAGGCGUACGCUGAGCAAGACAUACUCGGUGGUCAGCGAAAUCCAGAUCUCAAAGGACAGACCCUGGAUUCUGCAGCAACAAUCUCGUCUUGGAGAGCUAUUCGCAGACCUACUGAUUGUGCGUGGCCACGUUCAAGCUAUUAAGGUUCGACUUUCGGAUUCCCGUUCGUCUACAUGGGGUACAUCGCGUCUGGAUGAGGCUCUGGCUGCUUCAGUUCAUAGGCUCAUGCAGACAUUGGCAGCCAAAGGUGGUGUUCGCUUGACAGGCCAUCUCUCUGUUAGACUCAUGGUUGACGAGGAGUUCGACGCGCAUUCUGUUCGACACACUAUCUACAUCGCCGGCUGUACACCUGGCGCCAGAGCUGUCCAUAACCUGCUAUAUAAUGCACCUUGCCCCAUUGCAGGUUAUAUGUCCGUGUUCCCCUCCAAUCCGAUUGAUACAGCCAACGUCGCAGCAACACUGUCAUCAACCCGUCCAGCGCCGAAGUUUGCCCGAGCCGCCAUUAUCCCCGCUGCUUUCUUGCAGUUUUCAUUGUUCCACUUUGCACUCACAGCUCUUGAAGUUGCAGAGGCAGAGCUUGUGAGGCUGUUGUUCUGGAAAGAUCCCCUGUUCUCUUUUCUUGAUCCGGUUCCCUGGUGGUGGCAGGUACAUGUCUAUCAACCAUUGCGAGAGAUCUGGGUGUUGAUGAAACAAACACGAGAGGCAGGAUUGACUUGA